AUGUCGGAUAAAGAAUUCUUGGAAAGCGGAGAGCAAGAGGGAGCAUGCCCAAGUUAUUUUUGGUACUUGAUUGGAAGUUUUAGUAUUACAGCGAUAAUAAUCGUAUUUCUGAUCGCUUAUUUGAUCAUGUAUUCUGAUCAUUUCAUGUGGGCAUUACGACGAAAUCCGAGACCGUCUAUAAAGACGAAAAGUAAGAGCAAGGGAAGCAAACAUUCAAGUGACAAAGGUGAAUCAACUACAAAGGGAGUGAGCCAAAUGGAUGAAGUAAGCCAACAAACGAGCGCACAAAAAGAUGCGCCGCGAGAUGUGACAGUAUAA